AUGGGCCGCCAGCAUAACAGCCACCACCACCACACGGCCACAGAUGGCGGCGGCGGCGGAGGCCUCUCUCAGCGCGUCAACAGCCCCCGAUUCUCCGGCCCAAUGACCCGCUGCGCCCAUUCCUUCAAGCAAAACAACGCCAAUAACACUAACAACAACAGCAAUAGAAACAAUUCUAGCAAUGUUAACAACAGCAGCUCAUCCAACAAUCAGCAUGAGGUCAUCGACCUCAAUCUCAACUCCCCCAGAUCUGAAUCUGCCCGUUUCCGCCGAAGCAGCGGCGCAGAGGGUUCAUUUGAGGAGGAAGAUUUCGUCGCUGAGCGUGGACUUGGGGGGAUUCGGGAUCGAAUUGAAGGGGGAGGGGAAGCUGGGGCAUCUUGUGGUUUGAUGGGAUUUGAUGAUGGUUUUUGUUGA